CUGGUAAGGACCAUAUAUAAAGAGGAACUAUGGGAUGUUCAAUUAUAGGACAGAGCUUAUGCUCUAGUUCAGAUUUGGUCUGCUUGGUUGGAGCUGAAGCACCUUAGGAGUACAAGGUGUUGUCUUAGUUAAAGAUCAUGGCUUUUGUACUCAUUUUGAGAGUUUCUUGGCUUUGUUUGCUGUUUACCAGUGGUAUUGGUGUAACAGAUGCCGUAGGGGAAGAUUAUCGGCUCCAAGCAGCCUCAAGAAACCUGGCUGACCAUGUGGAUGACUUCUCCAACUUCCUCUCCUUUGAUGAGGGUACUGAGGAAGUUCCAAAACCUAAGCCCUCCAGCAAUUUCUACACAAGCUUCAGAAAACCUUCAGUGAUGCAGCCACAGAACUUGGCUGUAACUGGACAAGCCCCUCCAAACAAGUUUAGUGCUCCCAAAGAAAAAGCUGUUGCUGGUGGGUCAAUGAAAUGGGACUCUAAGCUUUACAAGCCAAUUUCAGUUCCUACACGCCAAGAUGGCAGCUUGAUUCCAACUGCUGUCCAGUCUCAGUUGGCACCACUGGAUACUUAUGCAAACAGAAAUCUAGUUUCUCAGGGUGUUGCUGGGACAAGUGCUUCAAGUAAAAAGGUGCCAAGCAACGCUUUUACAUCUCUGUCCAUUGUGCCCCCUAUUUCUCAGUCCUGGCCAACUGACAGUCAAACUGGAAAAAGAGUCGGUGUGUCAACUGUAAGUUUCCCAAAGGUUGAUCUUGGCUCCAGUCCAAGCAGAGGUGGCUCCAGGAAAACUCCAAAGCUUCUCCAUGAAGAUGCUUUUGAUUACAACUCAGGAAAUGCUGGGUUUUUACCUAAACAUAGUCCAAAACUUUCUCUCCUAAACCCCUAUGUGCAUGCUAAGCUUCAAGAUGAUGACUCUGUUGUGAAAGAGUAUGGCCAGUCUGAAAACUUUCCAUGGACUUCAUCUGUUCCCAUCCCCUCGAUGUGGAAUCCUUCAUUUCAAAGCACAGGGCCCAAGUCUUCACCCAAAGACUGGAUGAUGGUUUCACCCUUUUCUGGUGCUGGUAGACCGAGCCGACAGCCACAAAACUCAGUGACCAGCAACCGGAAAAUUAAGGUCCUUGAGGGGGUCAGCCAGCCAACUCUUCAAAGUUCAUCUAAGAAACGCAUCGUCCACACUAAAAAUGGUUACAAGAGAGGAAGGGUUCUCUUUACAAAAACUGCUUAUACUCCAGAAUAUGAAGUGCCACAGAUGAUGGAUACCAUGGAAAGGCCAACACAAGACUCUGAAACUUGGCGCAAACAUUAAAGGUUCCUGUGAUUAUGCAAAGUCAGUAUUU